AUGUCAGACCGAAGCAGCGUAACAACCACGCUUCCAUCUUGCCUUCAGGGCGACCGCGCCGGCUUGUCCACCUUGGAAUUCCGCGCGCCACAUGUGUUACGCGGCCUUCAUGUGGUGCCACGCCCCGAACGUGUGCUUGGCCACUGCCGCUGUGUUUCUGGCACCUGUGAGAAUCGCGCAUUCCACGCAUGGCAGCAUCAUGCAGAGCCUGAACUGCUGUGUAGGAGGUGCCGCAUGCGACCAGCCCCGACCAACAUCUACAACCCGGAGGUCAUUGCCGCCUUGAACUCCCGAGGAGGACCCAUUUGGACUCGCUUGCUGAAGGGUGAGCUGCCCAGCUGGCGCAGCAAGAAGUCUCGGACGUCUGAUUUAGGUCCUUGA